AUGAAGAAAGUGUUCACCGCCGAACAAAUUUCGGAUUGGUUCACUUCAGACACGACGUUUGCUAACGUUAAAAUCACAGAUGUGGAGGAGAGACAACUGGACGAACCAUCACCGAAAGAAUCCAGACCGUCAGAGGUUCCUGAUGAUGGCAGCCUGAAAAGUGUCAAAUCUGAUGGAGGUUUGUUCCAAAAACCAGAACCUGCAGGGAGCAAUGCUCCUCCUCCUCUUGCCAGCUACGAGUAUCCCAUCUUGCCCAUAACCAAAAACCGACAGGAGCUGAUUUCUCUCAUAGAAAACAACUCUGUAGUGAUCAUUCGUGGAGCCACAGGCAGUGGCAAGACCACCCAGCUGCCACAGUUCAUUCUGGACCACUACAAUGAGAAAAAUGCCGUAUGCAACAUUGUGGUCACCCAACCACGCAAAAUUGGGGCCAGCAGUAUUGCCCGAUGGGUUGCCACACAGCGAAAGUGCACCCUGGGUAGUCUGGUGGGAUAUCAGGUUGGACUGGAGAAGAUGGCUACUGAGCACACCCGCCUAAUCUACAUGACUACAGGAGUGCUACUGCAAAAACUGGUUCAAGCCAAGUGCCUUACAGAGUACUCCCACAUUUUCGUAGAUGAGGUUCAUGAGCGCACUGAGGAUAUGGAUUUUCUCCUGCUGGUUUUGAGAAUUCUUCUUCAUUACAACUCUCAUCAUGUCAAGAUCAUCCUCAUGUCAGCUACCAUUAAAUGCAGAGAGUUUGCUGAGUACUUUGGCACCCAAAUUCAGGGCAAGAUGAACCCGGCUUACGUGUUUGAAGUGGAGGGGACUCCUUACGCCAUUGAGGAGUUUUAUCUGGAUGACCUUCACAUCCCGUCUCCAGGCGGGGUUGAGGUGCCUCACAUCGACAAGCCUCACAUUUCAGUGGAGAUGUACAAUCUUGCCAUCAGUCUCAUCCAGAGCUUUGAUGAACUGGAGGGCAAAGAUUUCAGCAAAGCAUCCAAAGGAGGUGGCACAACCUCAUCAGAGCGGGGCAGUGUGCUAGUUUUUCUUCCUGGUUUACAUGAGAUAAACUACUUGCAGGAGGCCUUGACCAAGUUGGUCCACAAAAGACUGCAGGUUUAUCCUCUCCACUCCAGCAUUACUCUGGAGGAGCAGAAUGGCGUGUUUCUGUCACCUGUCCCUGGAUACAGGAAGGUCAUCCUCUCCACCAACAUCGCUGAGAGUUCUGUGACUGUUCCGGACGUCAAAUAUGUGAUUGACUUCUGCCUGGCCCGUCACCUGGUCUGUGACCAAGAUACAAAUUAUCAGUCUCUCCAUCUCACCUGGGCAUCUAAAACCAAUUGCAACCAGCGUCGAGGCAGGGCAGGUCGAGUGUCUAAGGGCUACUGUUACCGUCUUGUUACCAAAGAGUUCUGGAGGAAUGAAAUCCCAGAGUACAUGAUCCCUGGCAUGCUGCUUGCCCCGUUGGCCUCCAUCUUGUUGAGGGUGAAGUUGAUGGACAUGGGAGAUCCCUGCUCUGUCCUCUCCAAAGCCCUCUCACCCCCCAGACUCAGCGACAUCGUGAGAACGGUGCUCCAACUCAAAGAGAUGGGAGCGCUAUCUGUGAAAAGUGAUGGGAGGAGUCAAAAGGAUGAUGGUGAGCUAACGUUCCUGGGCCGAGUGCUGGCCCAUUUGCCCGUGGACCUGUACCUGGGGAAGAUGAUUGUCCUGGGCCACAUCUUCGGCUGCCUGGAGGAGUGCCUCAUCAUAGCUGCCUCGCACUCUCUGAAGAGUUUUUUUGCCAUACCGUCCAUGCAGCAGCUUGCUGGCCACAGGACCAAGUUGGCCUUUGCCCGUGGCAUACCAAGUGAUUCUAUCGCUUUUGUCAAUGCCUUCAAGGCAUGGCACUCGGCCAAAAAGAAAGGACAGCUGAGACACCCAAAGGACGAGUUGGACUGGGGCAAAGAGAACCUCAUUCAGAUCAGGAGGAUCAGGGAGGUUGCAGAGCUGUACGAGGACCUGAAGAAUCGUGUGUCCCAGUUCAACAUGUUUGUGUCGGAGAACACAGAACCCUCGGAUUACACCAGCUCGCACAGGCAGAAGUUCAUCCUUCAGGUGGUCAUUGCUGGUGCCUACUACCCCAACUACUUUGUCCAGGGGGAAAUAGAUGAAGACCUGGCCUCCAAAGAUUUGAGUGGCUUCAACCCCGGAACAACAGUGAUUGUGAGAAGCCUCCCUCCAUUCAGUUUCCUGUAUUACAAGCAGCUGCAGUCUCUGUUCCGCAUGUGUGGACAGGUCAAAGCCAUUUCCUUUGAGAGCUCCAGAGCAUAUGUGGAGUUCUACAGGACAUCCCAAGACCCGGGUGUGCUGCCCGAGGUGUCCCUUGCCCUCCUCCUGGCACAGCAGAAUCAUCCUCUGCAGCUGUCUGUCUACCCAAUCGACCAAAUAGAAGUCAGUGCUGGGAACAGAAACAUAGCUCACAUGAAAUAUGCACGGGUGAAUGUAGACUUCCAAAGCCAGUCCGUCUGCCCUGUGGGAGUGGUGAGCAGCAUCAUUGACCCCGACAAGCUACCCCCCAACCGUUCUUUUUUGGUCAACAUCACAGAGGUGGUGGACGUUGGUAAUUUCCUGGGUUUCCAGGCAGAUGAAGCAAGCCUGAAGAAGUUGCGCCAUCUGACAGCAGAGAUAAACGAACGUGUGCUGCAUCCCGUAACUGUGUCACUGUAUCCCAACCUGCUGUGUCUGGCUCCUUACUCUGAGGUCAGUGACGUAAGCUUGUACUACCGCGCCAAGAUCCUGCAUUUGCGUAGCAACACAGUGGAGGUUUUCUUCGUGGACUUUGGCAACACAGCGGUUGUCGCCUGCAGCAGCCUCCGAGAGCUCCCUUCUAACCUCCUGUCUCACCCAUUCCAGGCUCGGGAGUUCCAAAUCACUGGAAUGCGUCCUUCAGCCCAGUCCAUCAUCCUGGGGAACAAGUGGAGCAGCCAAGCCCGCGACCGUUUCAUCGCCCUGGUGAAGGGCCGUUCACUUGUUGUGUCGCUGUACUCCAUCCUGCAUGGUGUCAUGCGUGUGCAGCUGCUCAUCAACACAGAGACAGCAAGCACCAGUGUGGUAGACAUAUUGGUGGAGGAAGGACAUGCUGUGAAGGCUGAAGAGAGCUUCAAUUCCAAGCAAAACCAUGAGGUGCUGAUGUCACUGUACAGGGACAUGGAAAUGGGUACAUAUGUCCCCAACGCUGUCAGCGGCUUCUGGAAAGAUUGCAAGGAAAAGGAGAAGCAACUCAUUGACGACAUGCUUGCCCACUUUUCCAAGAGCCAACAGUCCUAUUCCAAGACAAAGGUUCACCUGCAUGGACCAAAUAGUCCAAAUAAGAUGAGCGUCCACAGCUUGAGCCGCAAGAUUCUCUAUAAGGCGGUGUGUAUUGACAGGCACAGCAUGAACUCCUUGGCCCUGAAUGAAAACCCUCACUACAAACAUCAGAGGAUGCUGGUGGCUGGGAAUGUGUCAGUCAACCCCACAGGGACGCAUAUUUUGCUGAGAGACACCACCCUCAUGCCGGACAUCCCUGGCCUGCCUUCUAUCGUCACCAUGCUCUUCACCCCCAUCAUGGAGUUACGCACUAAUGAAGAGAGAAACAGCUACACUGGCGCCCUCUGUGGUUUGGGCUGGAACAGGCAGUCCCAGGAGGGCAUCCUACCUGAGCACGACAUCGAACUCAUCUUCGACGUCAAAUUUGAUGUUGAAGACAUCACUGAGAUAAAUGCUUUGCGAGUGGCUAUAAACCGUCUGGUGUGUGAGGGCCUGGCUGGUACUUUGCCUCUGAGGCCUGACAAGAUCCACCACCUGCAGGAGGACUGCCGGGACCGUCUCACAAGACUGUUCACCAAGUCACCACCACGGGAAGCUGUCCCUUCAGUGUACUACGAUAAACCCAAGGAAUGGAACCAGGUGGAUCCUGCUCUGAAGAUGAAUAUUGUUGAUUCAGAGGGUAGAAAGACCAGAGGUGCUCUCUUCCAGCUACAUCCCAUCAUUCUCCUCAACAGCUAAAAGUCAUGCAAAAAGUCACACACAGGCAUUUGUGUUGAAA